GAGGAUGCUAGAAAGAAGAAAAUACAGCGGCCCUAUAGACCUUGUCCAUAUAUAUCCAUUUCUAAUAAUGUAGAAAUCUUUGUCUAUAUAUAAAGAGUACACAAUUAUGGGUUCAACCUCAACCUCAAGUCAUACACUCUGGGAAGGGAGCUAGGGAUAUGAUAAACAAACAAAUGAAGAAAGAAAUGAGUUCAAGAAACCUAAGUUGUUGCAGUAGCUUAGCUCUGACAAUGAUUCUGCUUUCAUGUCACCCCAUUGUGUUGGAAGCUAAGUUGCAAGUUGGGUUUUACCGAAACUCGUGCAGGGCGGCUGAGCUUGUUGUCAAAGAUGAAGUCCGGAAAGCGUUCUUUCGUGACAGGGGAGUGGCUGCUGGGCUUGUCAGGGUGCAUUUCCAUGACUGCUUUGUAAGGGGCUGUGAUGGCUCGGUGCUCAUAGAUUCCACUCCUGCAAACAAAGCAGAGAAGGAUUCUCCCGCGAAUAAUCCAAGCCUGAGGGGAUUCGAGGUCAUCGACAAAGCAAAGGCUAGGCUGGAAUCCAUAUGUAAAGGAGUUGUGUCAUGUGCUGAUAUAUUGGCUUUUGCAGCCAGAGAUAGUGUAGAGAUAACUGGAGGGCUUGGCUAUGAUGUUCCGGCUGGAAGAAGAGAUGGCCAUAUUUCUUUAGCUUCUGAGGUUGCCAACAAUUUGCCAACGCCUUUCUUUAACGUCGAUCAGCUUACCACACUCUUUUGCAACAAGGGAUUCACGCAAAAAGAAAUGGUUACGCUCUCCGGAGCACACACCAUCGGGCGUUCUCACUGCACGUCGUUCAGCAACAGGCUAUACAAUUUUAACACGACGACGGGGCAAGACUCCAGCCUAGAUCCCCUCUAUGCAGCUAAACUGAAACAACAGUGCCCGCAAGGCAGUAAGGAUCCAAAUCUGGUGGUGCAAAUGGACCCUGCAACCCCGGCCAUCUUUGAUGUUGCCUACUACACCAAUGUUUUAGCGAACCGGGGUCUCUUAACCUCAGAUCAAACGCUGCUCACAGAUCCAUCCACUGCAAAACAAGUCAGUCAGAAUGCUCGAGCCCCGUUUCGCUGGAAAAGUAAAUUUGCUGCUGCAAUGGUGAAGAUGGGUAAACUUGGUGUCCUGACAGGGAAUGCCGGGGAAAUUCGAGCCAAUUGUAGAGUGGUUAAUCACUGAAGAUCAGAAGAGUGCAGGGUGUUGACCAAUUUAGAACUUUAAGAGUUUUUGUAUCAAGUCCUGUAUGUUAAUCUACAAGAAUGUUUAAGUUUAAGUGUUGAGUUU